AUGAGCUUCUCCCUAUACGUCGGCUCCUCAUACAACUGGCUAGCUGUGGCCACAACUGGCCAGAUGCGUGAGUCUGUUUUCUUUCAGGUUCCAUCACUUGGUGCGAGUCUGGCAUAUUCCCACAGUCGUCCAGCGACUUGUGUGAAUUUACCCUGGGCUUCUCGCUACCAGCGCUAUGUUAUGAACCGGGUAAAACUCCGGCGUUCUGAGACACCUACUCGUACCCAUCCGGUGACUGAGAAGCUUGCGGACAUUCCGCGAGCUUACUCGUUCCCAUCCGGUCACUCGUGUGUACCGUUUGGGUAA